AUGUGGGUAGGAAUCGUUGCGGUGUUAUUGGUUGCCGUGGUGCAGUUUGUGUGCGCACACACGAUCGACUUACAGCCCCAUUCGGAGUAUUGCUUCUAUGAGGACAUGCAUGUGGGCGAUGAAAUGACAUUGACAUAUCAAGUGUCGGGUGGUGGUCAUCUGGACGUUGAUACGAUGCUGUUUAAUCCAUCUGGUAAUUUGCUGUUUGAACAGCGACAUAAAGACACCGGCACAUACGAUUUCACUGCUGAUGCGGAUGGACGCUAUAAGUAUUGCUUCAGCAACAAGUUUUCCGCUGUGACAGACAAGACACUCAGGUACGUCUGGGUCAGUACCAUGCCAAUUGCCCGACUUACACGCGCGUCUGUUAGCUUUAACGUCCAUGGUGUGCUGUAUUUAACAGAAGAAGAGGGUUUGAUCCCCCGCUGA